AAGGAGACUGACUGUAAUAAUGGCGGAGCAGCGUCCUCCACACAGGUGGUCACUGUACAUGCUUAUGGGUUCAUCAUCAAGUUUGGUAGUGAAAAGCACAGUGUAUGUGUAAGUAAAUUUCAGUUUUUGAAUGACUGCACAGGGUUGACUUUUUUUUAUCACUAAUGAGUCUCCUUUAUUUUCAGGUUAAUGGUAAAAUGACAUACAUUCCUGUUAAUCUGUUGCGGGGAAAGAUCCAGGUCUUUUACAAGGAAGGCAAAGUUCUAUUGACAACUGACUUUGGUAUGCAAGUAGUCUUCAAUGGGACCUCCACGGUUCUUGUUACACUGGACCCACACUACAAGGGCAAAGUGUACGUGCUGUGUGGCAAUUUUAACGGCAAUCCUCAAGAUGAGUAUCCUGUACCUACACCUGGUUCCCCUCCCAUUAAGACAAGUAUGGAGCUUGCUCAAACUUACCGGCUCUUUGAUGGGGACCAUAACUGUUGUACUGGCUGCAAGCAGGUACUGGGUGAAGUGACCAUGCAUGACAAUCCUAUUUCUGAGGUUGUCUCUAGUGACAGGGGAAAGUGUGCAGUGCUCGUGGAUCAGAAGGGUCCGUUUGCCCACUGUCACAGUCUAUUCAAUCCGGAUUCCUUCUAUGAAAGUUGUGUUGUUGAUUACAUGGAUAACAGGCGGUUAAAAGUGGCUCUUGACCAGGCCAUAUAUUCAUAUUCCUUACUUUGUGAAGAAGUCAGUGAUGGCUACCACAGUGAAGUUACAAUUGAUGUUCACUGUCAACCAAACAGCCACUACAAGACCUGUAGCUCAGCCUGUCCUCCAUCCUGUGAAUCUAAUGCCACUUUCUGUAUCAAGAUGUGUGUGCAGGGCUGCUUCUGUAACCCUGAUUUCAUUAGUAGUCAAAUUGGCUGUGUGCGCCCACAUCAAUGUGGCUGCACAGAUUCCACAGACCAAUACCAUAGCCUUCACUCAACUUUCUGGACACCGGACAACUGUGGCCAGCUCUGUAUCUGUGGACCAGCUACUGGAGAGAUCCAGUGUCGCCCAGCCCAGUGCCCCAGAGGAAUGGUCUGCAGGCAGCUACAGCACAAGUGGGUGUGUCAACCUGAAACCCCCCAGAAUUGUACCAUUGUCACUGGGCUGCAUUUCCAGACCUUUGAUGGACAUCACUUUGACUUUAGAGACAGUUGUGCAUAUUCUUUGGUUCAAACCAAGGCCAACCUAGGUGGACUAACACCAUUUAAUAUCACUAUCUCAGAUGCAAGUUGCCACAGAAGGCUUUUUCAUAGCCUUGAUUUAACACUCUCAAUCUUUGGUCUGGAGGUGGUAGUGAGUAAAGAUGGCCUAGGAAAGGUUUUGGCUGAUGGACUGUAUAAGCCCCUACCUUACGCUCACCUGACAGGCCAUGUGAAUGCCUACCGCACACCUUCAUCUAUAAUCAUUCACACUGAUGUGGGAUUAAAGCUGAUUGUCCACAACACUGAUACACCAAUGGUUAUCCUCCCCAGUAGUUAUGGCUCUUCUGUCUCUGGUCUCUGCGGGAAUGCCAACACUGACCCUUAUGAUGACCAAAUGAUAUCCAGUGAAGAGCUUGCCCAAAAUGACCUAGAGUUUGCCCACAGCUGGAGGUCUCCGGGAGCAGAGGCUUGUAGGUCCAACUGCUCCUCCAGAGAGAAGCAUUGUCCUGUUGACGUUGAGAAGCUUUUUGAGGGCAGCAAUUUUUGUCAAGUGUUGUUGAAUGAGCUAGCUAUUGCAAGCUGUGCCUUGGUGUUGAGUCUCAAGCUUUACUUCCACAGCUGUGUAAGAGAUUCCUGCUCUUAUGACGUACACUACUCAGCACUCUGCAAUUCUAUUACAUCCUAUUCGGCUGCCUGUCAAGCAGCUCAGCUUCCUGUCCGGCAGUGGAGAAGUGACACUUUUUGUGGUAUGUCAUGCCCUAGGAAUAGCCACUUUGAGCUGUGUGGACCUCGAUGCCCUGUUGUGUGCCUUGGACUGUCCUCACCAGCAGGCUGUAGCGAAGGCUGUGAGGAGGGCUGCCAGUGUUACCCUGGCUACGUCUUGAGUGAUGGCCAGUGUGUGCGGGUUUCGGACUGUGGCUGCAUGCAUCAGGGACAGUAUCACCCUGCUGGCCACUUUUACCUUGAGAAAAGCUGCCAAAAAUGUGACUGCAAAAGAAGAAAAGCAACAUGCAUCCCCAUGGAAAGCUGUUCAUUAAAGGAUGGCCUUACCUUGCAGUAUGGGGUGUGCCAAGUGUUUGCUGGCUUUGGCUAUAUCACUUUUGAUGGUGUUGUUCUUCUUCACCACGGAGCUUGCACCUAUGUAGUUAUGACUAUGACCAUGCAUGACUAUACUCUGCUACUUAGCUUUAAAAAGGACAGGAAUGGCAUUUUCACAAUCGGCAGACUAGUAUUGCGUUUGCUUUCCCUGGAAGUGUCCGUUGACCCUGGAACUCUAUGGAAAAUACAAGUAAAAGGAGAAGAAAGCAGAGUGCCUUUUGACAAUGGAGAACUCAAAGCGUACCAAUUUGGCAACCGACUGCUUAUCACCACACCCACCAGUGGAAAUGAUUUGUCCUAUACCCAAUACCUCAGGUUAACUGUGCCACAAGUAUAUGACUCUGCCGCUUCUGGCCUCUGUGGGAACUUAAAUGGGGAAAGGUCUGAUGAAAAUGGACAUCUUGCCAAAAGCUUUGCAGAACUCCUGCACAGCUGGACAUUUGAAGCUCCGGGACAUUGCACUGACACUUGUGGAAGCAAGUGUGAUGAGUGCAGGUUGUCCCUACAUGACAGGACGGUCUGUGAUGUUCUGUUGAUCAAUAGUAUUGAAUUCCAUCGAUGCUGGAAUAGUGGUAUUAAGCGCAAUAUUUACUUGCUUAUGUGCAUCAGGGCAGUUUGUGCUGGGGCAGGGCACAUGGCUGCAUGUCUAGCAAUGGAAGCAUAUUCUGCAGCGUGCCAGGCUAAAGGAAUAGCAGUAGGAUCAUGGAUAGAGAACAAUUCUUGUGCUCUCCAGUGUCCUGACCGCAGCAGCCCAAGGGAGUGUGUUGACCCCAACUCAUGCCCUGCUCUGCUCCAGCCUGGUUCUUCAGCAUACGGCUGUUCAGAAGGCUGCGAGUGCUAUAACGGAAAUGUGUUUGAUGAGGGAGAGUGCGUAAUAUACAGUCAGUGUGGGUGUGUUCAUCAUGGUAUAUAUAUAUUAAGAUGGAUGAGCAAUUGUUCACUGAGGACUGCACCCAGAGAUGCUGGUGCCACCCUUUGGGUGGGGCGAUAUGUGAGGAGGCAGGCUGCAGACCAGGGCAGCAGUGUGCUCUGAGGAAUGAUUCCUGGGGCUGUCAUAACCAACCAGAAGUUUGUGAACUCAGGGGCAGCCUCCAAGUCUCCACACUCAGUGGGCAGCAGCUGAGCUUGGAACCUCGUUUAUCU